CGGGUGAAAGGUAGUGUCCGAUUCUCUGUUUCCUUGCCACCAGUCUGACCGGCUCUAUGGGUUGCCCCCCCCGUUUUCCCCAUGUGUAUCUGCCGGCCUUCCUCCACAAUUUCAUUCCUGGCUCGAGUGGAGAUGCUUGUUCCAAAUUGCUUCUUAUCCGCACUUGAUCAUAUCUGGAUGGCGACGGCAUUGUAAUCCACUGCCGAACGCUGCCCCAUCACGAUCGGAUUGCCCUCGACUGCUGCUUUUCUUCGUGGUGAUUCCAUUCGACGGAAUCCAAACGUGACGGGAUCAACAGGAUCAACAGGAUCAGCAGGAUUAACAGGAUCAGCAGGAUCGCAUGUUACCUGCCUUUGCAAUCGACUCUUCACGGUCUUUCCGAAAGCGUAUUCCUCCAUCGGAUGGGAUCGGAUGGGAUGGGAUGGGAUCGGAUCGGAUCGGACCACGUUCAACCGAGCACCAUCGAUGUCGAUAUAAUCGAGCUGGCUUUGGAUGCAAGAUCUGUCGCAGCCCUUGGUACCAUUGGCGGCCACAAUCUGGUUGCUUUCAUGAAGUGGCACUUGCUCUGCACCUCCCCCUACCCUUUCGCUCGCAAUGCUUCACUUUUUCUAACUCCUUACUGGGAGACUUCGUUUUUCCGUCUUGCGUCUCGUUCGUUGCGUCUCGUUCGUUGCGUCGUCAGCAUAUAUGUUUUUUUGUUGUCGAAUCAAUCGUGCUUGAAUUCCUGCAUCACGCGAUCCGGCGCUUCCGCCGACAUCCGAACGAAUAGCUGUGCCUCGGAUCCGAUAUGUCAAUCAUACUCAUCAUCGUCCUCGUCUCUCCUCCUUUCCUCCUCUCUUCAAUGUCGACGCAGUGACUACAUACUUGAACUGGUGCAGCAUCCCCUCCGGGCGCGAUGCUGUGGUCUUGGACAGAAGGCAAACUAUCGGCCGAUCGACCCAGCCCCUAUUCUCAAAGGAUUGACUCGGAAUCCUCCGGACAUGAAACGGACGAGCAUCACCAGUUCGACGCCCUCCUGCUAGGGCUAUCAAUUGGGAUUGUCUCUGCUUCCGGGCUUUGACGACAUCGUCACUGCUAUCGGCCUUGUCUUUCAGCGGUCCUACCUACCUCGUGUCGUUCCGCUGCUCAUAUUGUAGUUGGUGCUCUGCGACGGGGGGGG